AUGUCUGCCUCUAUAGAUCCAGAAUGCUCGGAGAAAAAGGAACGUUAUGAUACCUGUUUCAUAAAGUGGUAUUCGGAAAAGUACUUGAGAGGGGAGUCUCAGACGGACGAGUGUAAGGAUUUGUUCAAGGAAUAUCAAAUAUGUCUUAAUAAAGCACUUAAGUCGAAGGGGAUCGAUGCUAUGAUCGAAGAAGCUCGAAAGACGUCUCCAAACAAUGAUAAUGCGAAGCAUGGUUGA